ACCACCACCACUACUUCUACUACGACUACUACCCCUUCUGUAUCUACCACCACCACCACUACUACUACAUUUAUAAACACUACCACCACUAUCAAUAGUAUCGUUAUUUUUACUACUACUACUACUACUACUACUACUACUACUACUAUUACUACUACUACUACUAAUAUUGCUACUACUACCACCACUACUCCAUUCAUAGCCACUUCUGCCACUACUUCCAGCACUAUCUGUCUAACUACUACUACUACUACUACUACUACUACUACUACUACUACUACCACUACCACUACUACUUCUACUACCACUACCACUACAACUUCUACUACCACCACCACCACCACUACUACUACUCUGGACAUAUAUGGGAGUUUCUGCGUGCUUGUUUGA